GGUUCUGCGCCAGAGGGUGUCUUUGCGUCCCAAGUUUGAGAGGGAUCAUAUCGGGGCUAAGUGCAGACUAAAAACAGCGUCAUCUCUUUUUGCUGCAAACAAUUACCAACGAAGUGCUUUAUGAAGAACGUUGUCGUCAUUAAAAACUGGCCGAGAUGUUGCAAUGUGUGGUUGUCAAAGUGAGGCACCACAACAGCAGUUACGACGUUUGGUUCAGGGAAUGUGGAGACGAGUGAGGAGGUCACUCUGCUGGGCGAGAGACGCGGCGCGGGCAAGGUGUGGAGAGAGGCGGAUUAUUGCAGAUACUCGCUUCAUCAGUGGGGAUUCCCUCGUCUACUGCUGUAUAGCAGCAUACCAACUUGUAUCAGAUUCAGUUCAGUGGCAGCGAAAUCAAGUCUUCACACAAAGUAAAGAUACGGAUUUAAUCUUUUUGCACAAAAGUUAGAAUUCUUUAGUGGAAAAAACUCCAUCAUAGCGUGAGCGGACUGAGUGUUUAUCAUAGGGUAGAGAUGUCGGGUGUCGGGGGGAGGAGCUGCCUGUGAGAGUUGUGUCCCCUUCCUGGCCACCCUGGGGAUGGAGGCAAGCACCCCCGCGUGCCCCCACACUGUAGCCGCGGCUAUCUAUGGUUAACUAUGACCGCCCUCGUCUUCCUAGGACUCCUUCUAUCUCUACCAAGCAUGGGAUGCCUGAAGAAUGACAUCUUGCGCCUGAACAUCAAGAAAGAGCCACACUUGGACCCAAACACCGUGUGCAAGACAUACCCCGAGCUGUCCCAAACUCAAUACGAUUUGUGUCGUAAGUACCCGGAUGUUACAGCGUCCGCUAUACAGGGGGUGCAGAUCGGGAUACACGAGUGUCAGCACCAGCUGCGUAGUCAUCGCUGGAACUGCUCCAGCCUCGAGAGGAAAAAUAAAAACCCUCAUGCCAGCCCCCUUUUGAAAAGAGGUUUCAAGGAGACAGCGUUCGCAUAUGCUAUAUCUGCGGCAGGCGUCACACAUCAAGUGUCGAAGGCCUGUAGUCUGGGCAAGCUGAAGUCGUGCGGCUGCGACAUGAGCGUGUACGGGGUUAACAGAGACUUCGAGUGGGGAGGAUGCAGCCACAAUGUUGACUUCGGAGAGCAGUACGCUAAACGAUUCAUGGAUUCCAAAGAGAUGGCUCGGGACAUUCACUCCCGUAUAAACCUCCACAACAACCGCGCUGGAAGAUUGGCUGUCAUCCAUAACGUCCAGAAGCAGUGCAAGUGUCACGGAAUGUCCGGCAGCUGUGAGCUGAAGACGUGCUGGAAAGCCGCGCCUAACUUCAGGGAAGUGGGGGAUCUACUGAAACGGAAGUUCCAGGCCGCCACCAAGGUACAGAUUCACAUCGGAAAUGCCGCCAGUGGGCGGUUAAUAAAGCAGAAUGGUCGUCGCCCGCGCCAGUCAGAUCUACUGUACUAUCAAAGGUCGCCAAGCUUCUGUGAGCCUAACAACCGUCUUGAUUCCCCCGGCACGACCGGUCGCUUGUGUAACAAGUCUAGUGACGGUGUAGACAACUGUGGAACAUUGUGCUGUGGCCGAGGCUAUAACAUCCUCAAAGUCCGCCGAUCUGAGAGGUGUAACUGCAAAUUCUACUGGUGUUGUUAUGUCGAGUGCCAGACAUGUACUUACAAUGAGUGGGUGACAGUGUGCAAGUGACCUCGGACAGAAGCCACACACUGUGGUAAUCACUAAAGGACGUUCACAUGGAGCCAAGGAUGUCGACGCUGUGAACACAGAAUCUGACGCGUUAUCACUAUGUGCCUGAUGUCGAAGUAGAUGAAGCGACAAAGUGACAGUGCUGACUGCAGCAGGGAAAGGUACAGAGAUAACUUCAGGUGACAAGACAAGACAUGAUAGUUCUGUCGUCUUCAAAUGGAAUGUAACAUGCAUAAUUGAAGGUUUUGGUAUUGUUGAAGAUCACCAGCCUUGUAACUUUUUUAAUGUACAUAAGUUUCUAUCUAUAUGAGGUGUCCUGUAAGUGGAGUGUUCAUGUAGCAUUGUAACAGAUAAGUGUAUAGUGGUGCCUGAAUCUUUGAAGGGACUUGGAGACACCUGUCAUCGCUCCCGAGUUACCCAUAUCAAAAGUGGCAAUAUUGCAAAAUGUCAAAUAAAUUCCUAAACAUUA